CUUGAUAAAUUCUAGAGGGCUAAAACCCUCGUCGUGUAGCAGAACUCACACACAGUCUUGGUGGAGAAAAAAAAUCUGAUAAACACUUCUCUUUACUCGGAGGUACAACAAUGGCUUUUCUGAGCAGAGUUAGCGGCUUGCUGAAACAAACUGUGACCAGGCAUGUAGCCACGGAAAUGUCUGCACCAAAUGCUUCUCUUUUUCAGACAAUAAGAAGCAUGUCGUCAUCUUCAAAGCUCUUUGUUGGAGGUCUCUCGUAUAGCACGGAUGAGAUGAGUUUGAGGGAAGCUUUCUCCCAGUACGGAGAAGUGGUUGAAGCUAGAGUUAUUUUGGACCGUGAGACUGGCAGGUCACGUGGAUUCGGCUUUGUUACUUUCACGUCAACCGAGGCUGCUUCCAGUGCCAUCCAGGCAUAUGAUGGACAGGAUCUGCAUGGCCGAACGGUUAGGGUGAAUUAUGCUACUGAGAAGCCACGAACUGGGAGCUUCGGAUAUCAAAGCGGAGGCGGUGGUUAUCAAAGCGGAGGCGGUGGUUAUCAAGGCGGAGGUGGUGGUUAUCAAGGUGGAGGCGGUGGUUAUCAAAGCGGAGGCGGUGGAUAUCAAAGCGGAGGCGGUGGUUAUCAAAGCGGAGGCGGUGGUUAUCAAAGCGGAGGCGGUGGAUAUCAAAGUGGAGGCGGUGGAUAUAGUGGCGUUAACAGCUACACUGGUGGAGGUGGUGGAUAUGGUGGGACCGACAGCUACCCUGUUAGAGGAGGCAGUGGCGGCGGAUUUGGUGAGGAUUCAUUACAGGGUGAUGAGAAUUUUGGUGAAGGCAGGAAGAGUAAUUACACUGGUGGUCGAAUUGGCUUUGCUGACCUCUUAGAUAAAGAAACAGAAGGUCCGAUCGGUGGAUCACUCGGUGGCGUUGCAGCUGGAAAUGACGAAUUUGGACAAGACUUGGUGGAUGGAGGCAGCAAGGAUUUUGAUAAUGACGAGCCGAAUGAUUAUGCGAAUACUAGGGUCUGAAUAAUAUCGAAUGCUCAACAAUAGAGGAGACUUCUUGGGGAAGUUUGAACAUGAUUGAAUGUUUUUCCUCUUCUUUUGUUUCGGUUAUUUAUGUGAUUCUGUUAUCCUAGCUUUCCUCUUGAAUACUUCUUUUGUCGGUAGACUUUCUUUGUUGCAAAGAGAGAUGAUUCUCUACUCUCGAGCCUUAAUAUGGGUAAAACUUGGAUAUUUCUUCUUAGGUUCUAGUUGUUUCAAGCUUUUUGAGAAAUAAGUGUAGAGAUGCUUUAUGUUAAGGGAUUUUUCAUUAUCCUGGUAUAAAUAUGUUGUUCCAGGA